ACAUGGUGUGGACGUUAAAUCAAUCUUUGGCAAUUAACUUGUAAUAAACUACUUAUGGAUAUAUUCAUUUAAACAUUCAUAUAUAUUUAAAAAUUGAAUUUUGUUUGUGUAAAAAUGGCUUUAGGACUUUAUCUUGGAAUCGGCCUGACAUGGAAGCCUUGGAGACAACCAUACGAGAACUUCAAAUGGAACAAAGAAACAGCGGAGAAACUUCAAAAUGAUGUAUACGAUAUAAAACCAACAGCCGAGUGGGGUUUGAAAAACUUUAAAGCCUUAACAAUUGGUCUAUGUGGGCAUGGAAAGUCCUCAUUGAUCAACUCAUUUGCUUCUAUAAGUGUUGGCGAAAAAACUACUGUUUGCGAUGCUUCUCCGGGGAGCACACUUGUUACCACGCAUGUGAGUUUACAAAGUACGAUCCAGAAUCACCCGAAUGUCCUUAAGAAGUCUCUUGAUUUUAAUGGUGUCUUCGUUAAAUUAAAACUGUAAAGAAUUCAAUGUUCCACCUAAUUGAACGUCAAACAGUACUUAUGCCGUUAAGGACUGUUUCAAUCCGUUUGUUAUUAAUCAUGGCAACCAUA